AUGACCUCCAGAUUAAUCAAUAAACUACCAGGAACAGGAAUCAGAAGGCGCAAAGAAAUGAUGGAAGUGAGUGGUGAUUCCUGGCGAGCCUACUACACCACGGGUCCAGAGCACCCCCUGAGUGCCGCCACCUCUGCAGUGUUGGGGGUGGCAGAGGACCAGCAGCCGCAGUCGCUCGUCACAGAUUACUACAAACUCCCUCCUCUCGGACAAGAUACCCAUUUAACCCUACAUAAGGAAGUAUGGCAGGCCGGCGGUACGCUGAAGGCAACCAAUGGAGCGCACGGGGCGGAGCUGGGCGAGCUGUCGGGUCUGCUCCACGCGGGCCUCGUGAAGCGCGAGCCCGAGGAUCUCAGCCGCAAGGUGGUCGACGAGCCCGAACACGCGCUUAAGCCGCCACGACACAAGGUGGCGGUCGAGGGGGGCGAGGCCGCAUCGCCGUCGCCGGUGCCUUCGCGCGCCUCUUCAGCAGGCUCGCUGCUGCCAGACGCGGCCAUGUACGCCGCACAGAUGUUCGCUCCGCCGGGCACCCCAAGUCCCACACCUUACGGAGACCAGUACACGCGGCAGUCCACCACCUUCUCAGGAGAGCCCUAUUAUAGAGAAUACUUCGUCGGUGAUGGCUACCAGCAGAGAGCUGCACCUCCCUAUAGUGAUACGGAAUCACCUUCCGCCUCGGCGUUUGGUGAACGCUACGCGGCGCCUAGAUACCACAGCAAAAGUGUGAUCGCUGCAGCUGGCCUAACUGUUGAUCUGCCAUCACCGGACAGUGGCAUUGGAGCUGAUGCCGUUACUCCUCGAGAUCACACAGCCGUUCAGCAGUCGUUCGAGUAUACAGUAAUAUGCCAGCAGCCAGUGGGAGACGAUGGUCGUGGGACUCCCUCAGCACACCACUCCCCUGCGCAAGCGCCGCGCACCCGGCCAUGGCACGAUUUUGGCAGACAGAAUGAUGCCGAUAAAAUACAAAUUGCUAAAGUGUUUUCACCGUACGGAUUCAAGUACCAUUUAGAAACGGCGAGUAGUAGUUCGCAACGGCGAGAAGAUGACCGAAUAACGUACAUCAAUAAGGGCCAGUUUUACGGCAUAACGCUUGAGUACAUCCACGAUCCUGAUAAACCACUCAAGAAUCAAACGGUUAAGAGUGUUGUAAUGCUUAUGUUCCGAGAAGAGAAAUCCCCUGAAGACGAGAUCAAGGCGUGGCAGUUUUGGCACGGACGACAACAUUCUGUCAAACAAAGGAUAUUAGAUGCCGACACAAAGAACAGCAUCGGUCUCGCGGGGUGCAUCGAAGAGGUCGCGCACAACGCGAUAGCUGUCUACUGGAACCCACUGGAAAGUGCCGCAAAGAUAAAUAUAGCGGUGCAGUGUUUAAGUACAGACUUCAGCAGUCAAAAGGGUGUAAAGGGAUUACCGCUACACAUCCAGAUUGACACGUUUGAGGAUCCUCGGGAUACGCAAGUCUAUCACAGAGGUUACUGUCAAAUAAAAGUCUUCUGUGAUAAGGGUGCAGAAAGAAAAACGCGUGAUGAAGAAAGACGAGCGGCGAAAAGAAAAAUGUCGGCAACAAACAGAAAGAAGCUCGAUGAGAUCUAUCAUCCAGUUACGGAAAGGAGUGAGUUCUACUCAAUGGCUGAUUUAUCGAAACCUCCUGUACUAUUCAGCCCAGCGGAAGAUAUAGACAAAUUAGCUGGCAUGGACAUACAAGGAUUCUAUGGACAUGACGAAGCAGCAUUAGCUGAAGCCCAUCUGAAGGGCGCGUCACCUUUCUUAUUGCAUACAGCGAAGCCACAAGCACCAGCGCUAAAAUUCCACAACCACUUCCCACCGGAUGCGCCUGCGUAUCGGUCCGAUGUUGGUGGCCUAUCACCUUACAGUGAUCGUAAGGAUUCAUUAGAAUUGGAAGGUGUGCUUGGCAAGAGGGCACGUACGUCAACACCACCGCUUAGUGAGCGCGUCAUGCUUUAUGUCCGUCAAGACACAGAUAAUGUCUACACGCCCCUGCACGUGGUCCCUCCCACCACCCAGGGUCUUCUUCACGCUAUUGAGAAUAAGUACAAAAUUUCAAGUUCGGCAAUUAAUAAUCUUUAUCGAAAGAACAAGAAAGGGAUUACGGCGAAAAUUGACGAUGAAAUGCUGGCGUACUAUUGUAACGAGGACUUGUUCCUACUGGAGGUGCGGCCCGCGGGCUCCACCGAAGACGAGCCUCUUUACGACAUUACUUUCGUGGAGUUGCCCACUGAACAUUAG